GUCUGAUCGUUGAUUUCGCUUAAAAUGAAGCGUUAAUAUUAUUGCAAAACAUGGCGCAAUCUAUUUUCGACGCUUUAACAGGUGUAUCACUAGACAGUCCUUCUGUGCAAUCAUUAUUAGAGUCCCAGACUUUAAUAACUGAAGUUGAACAGUCAGCAAUUGAUCAAGAUGAGGAAGAUAUAUUUCAGUGUGGAAAAUGCAAAAGCCAAUUUACAUCAUUGCACAUGUUUGUGUUGCACAAAAGGACACACCAAAAGACACAAGAACAAACAGUAGAUUUAAGUCAGUUUUUGGUGAAUGAUGAAACUCAGACUGUUCACACAGAAGACAAUAGUCAAGAUGUACCACAAUAUAAUCCACAAGAAACAUUUGUUCAAAAUGAUCAACUUAGUGAACCAAUUAUACUUGAAGAAUCCGAUAUGCUAUUUAGCAUGGAUCAGGAGGGUGCUAAUUACUUUACAACGGAUUCCACAUUUAGUGUUCCAAUUAUAUUAAGUUCAGAAGGUUUGGAUACUUUUGCAAACUCUACUAUUCCAGGGGAUGAGCCCAUAAAAGAUGAUUCAAACGAAGUACCUCAAGUUCUCCAAAGUGAUAUUUCUCAAGAACAAAACAUUAACAAUAAAGUUGAUGUACCAAUGACUGAAAAUUCAAUAGAAUCUGAAAAUACUACUAAUCAAACACAGAACUUAAAGUAUAAGUGUGGUUAUUGCAGCAAACAAUUUUCAAAAAAAUUUUAUUGGCAACAACACGAACGUUCUCAUACAGGGGAAAAACCAUAUCAAUGUGUUGUAUGCGGACGUGCAUUCGCACAAAAAUCAAACGUUAAAAAGCAUAUGUCAUCACAUAAAGUAUGGCCAGGAACUGCUAUACACUCUUUACCCCCAGAGGCACCACCAGAUGGAAGUAUAGAUCGCACCUAUCAUUGUCAGUUUUGCAAAGAAAUAUUUGACUCGUACAAAGCUCUAAAGGGCCAUCUUAUAGUCUCUCACUUAGCACUGAAAGUGUACAAAUGUGUGCAAAGUAGUUGUAGUAUGAUGUUCGCUGAACUUGAAGAUUUCUUAGAGCAUACACGCAGUCAUAAGAGAUCAGAAUAUCGUUGCCACGUGUGCGGUGAAGUGUUUAAUACUCUGUCUGAUCUUGGACUUCAUCAAUAUGCUCACUCCGUCCAAAAACAAAAAACAACAGAGAAAUAUUACUGUUGUUCUGUUUGUAAAUCCUCUUUCUCUAAUUUGGAGGCUUUACAACACCAUACAGAAACCACAACGCAUGACUAUGCUUGUUUACAUUGUGGAAAGAGUUUCUUGAUCGAACGAUUUUUGCGGCGUCAUUUAAAAACGCACGCCUCAUCCGCACGAUUUGCCUGCGAAGAUUGCGGAAAGGCCUUUAAAACUGAGCAAUACUUAGCCAAUCAUAAAUUAAUCCAUAGCGAGGAAACACCGUUCCUAUGUCCUCAUUGUCCAGCUCGAUUCAAGCGAAAAGAUCGUUUAGGACGCCAUAUGUUGAUUCACGAUUUAACUAAGAGAUUGAAGUGUCCCUUCAGAACAUAUUUAGGUUGUAUGAGUGAAUUUUCACGACCUGAUAAAUUAAAGCGUCACCUACUGACGCAUAGCAAUAUCAAAAGAUUUAGUUGUAGUCACUGUAAUCGUAAUUUUCAUCGGGCACAAGCUCUUAAGCAUCAUGAAAUGAAUAAACAUAGUUUAAAAUGCGAAAUUUGUUCACACGCAUUUAAAACUAAAGAACAAUUGCUAACUCAUAAUUGCGAUCAGUCGAGUGAGACUAAGAAGCAUAUGAGUUCACAGUUACCUAAGAAAGCUUCUGGAUCAUUUAAGCCAAGAAAACCUACUCCAAAGAGACAAACAUCAUCAAAGACUGCAAUUGGGCUUGCUGAUAAGGAAAAACUAGAGAAAUUUAAGGCUGACGAAAUACAAAGAAAAAUCACCUCUGAAAUGUUAAAGUCUGAGGACUACAAAGAUGAAACUUGUACCAAAAAAAUAGAAAACAUUUCUAUAUCAAAAGAGAUCGAAGCUCUCAUUAAAUCUGAAGCAGCGGACAAUGAAAUCAAACGCAACACUGAUACAUAUGCGGUACAACAUACCGGCGAAUAG